GCAGCUAAAGUGAAGCAUUGUGAGGUGAUCAGUGAGUGGACAGAAGCUAUCCGGAAUCACUUUUGGUUUGUGUGCCAAAGUUGCAAUGGUGAUGAAGAAAAACUAAAGGUAAUGGUUUUUCAGUUGCAAAGAUAUCGCAUACAGUUUAUGUAGGCUAUUUUCGUUCCAUAUUUCUUUUGGCAAAUAUCAUGAAUACAAGUACCAGUAUUUAUUUUGGAUGUACAGUAUAUACUAUUAUUUUAUUUUCCAAUGCAGUCCAGAGACGGAUUUUCAUAUUUUCGUUCGGGGGGUGGAUAAAUAUCUGGUGAGGGGGGGAGGGGGGUGCUGCUGCUUGCUUUGGCCGGAGCGUGGUGGCAACGCCCGGAAAGGCAAAGGAAAAAGUUUAUCAAAUUUGUUUUCUAGGCCUGCAUGGCGAGAUCUGAGACCAUAAUAUUGGUAAUUUUACAAAUUUAGUAGUAAGAAUAAUCAAAUAUGAAACUAUCAAAUCAAAAUAUAUGUAAUUUGCGGGGGUGCCAAAUGCCUAUGGGGGGGUGCAAAUCAUUUCUGGGGGGGAGCGCACCCCUCCGCACCCCCCAGAAAAUCCGUGCCUGAUGCAGUCUUUCAUUUUUUUAGGACAGUUGGCUUGGGGUUUUGCACCACAUUGCUGGCGAGCAUGAGUGGGUAGAUGGGGAGUGCGAGCACGGGCCAUUAGUGGCAACUGAAGUGGACAAGACGUAUUUGGAUAAAAACUCCAAGGCCUUUGAGAGUCUCCGAAAGGUGAUACUCGACCAAAAAUUUCUAAAAAGUUUACCCAAAUACGUCACAUUCAGGUAUGUUCUAAUUAUGAGGAAAAUGUAACUUUCUAAUGCAAAAAGGACUUGAGAAUUUCAACUCCAUGCUAUUGAAUUAUGCACCAAAAAGAGUGGGAUUCUAGUAAAUGCAUUUUCAAAUUAGUAAUGGCAUUAUUGUGAAAAACUAACCACUACCGUGAAACAAAUUUUAAAAUAAAUUCAGUAUUAACAUUUCAUUAUUGUAAAAUUUUUAAUUUUGCUAUAGAAAUGAAGCUUUCGUUGGUCGGACCUAUCUCGCAGCUAUCGACCACAACUCGCACACAUUUCGUAAAGCAGCAAUUACAGAUGAUGGUAAACCUAAAUACAACAAGGUUUACAGCAAAAGAUCUCGGAAUUGGAGAAUAACAGCAGUUAAAGACCCAAAGACAUACAAUUUUUGGCCCACUUUAGCAACACGAAUUUAA